AAAAAAUUUAAAAUCUUUGGGAUUAGGCCAGGGGCAGAGCCACAGCAAAGUCCCAACUUCACCCAUUUCUUGGAUUUUAGGGUUUCGAUUUUUCGUCUUUGAGGCUUCAGAAAUUUAUCUCGGGUGUCACUUUGAAACCCUAAUUGUUGCAAACUUAGGGGUUUUUUGUUGUACUGAAGGGAUGGGUAAUGAAGAGGGAACAAGCAAUGGUGAUGGUACAGAAUGUACUGUGGGCUUCAAAAGUGGAGCAGUGAAUAAUGGGAUUGCAAUUGGAAUUGGCAAUGAUGGUGCUGAGUGGAGCUCCGGUGGGAGUGAGGGUUUUCAAACUUACAAGAGGCGCAAGUAUGUGAGAUUGUGUACAGAGAGCAAAGCUCAGGAAGAUGGGAGAGUCUGUGUGGAAGCUGCGAGUCAAUCAGUGAAACAGACUCUAAAGGAACCAUAUGCCACGGUUAUAGACAAUACUUCUAGCGAACAAGUCCGUUUUCCUAUGAAUGGUUCAGAUGAUUAUUCACAGAGGCACUGGAGAAAUGUUGUACUGGAGCACAUGUAUCAGUCACUAAGUGAUGAUGAAGGUGGUAUACAGGGAUGCAUCCGGGAGGUGCUUGCAAUUAAUCCCGAAAUUGAUUGUACGCUGACAAUUAAGCAACGUGACCAUUGUGAUGAAGAUAGGCGGAAAUCUUCACAAACUGGGUGGAUGUCUAAUGGAUCUCAGAAAGCAGCUAAUGGACAUACAGGUGUUACAUCUAGUGGAUUUUUAAAUGAAUCAGAUCAUCAUACUAUUAAUCAGAAGUGUCGGCAUGCUUUUCUGGAUAUUUUAAUCUCGGACAAGUUCACAUCACUGUGUAAGUUACUGUUUGAGAAUUUUGAAGGCAUCAAGGCUGACAUUUUUGACUUUAGUAUCAUAAACACAAGGAUGAAAGAUGGAGCUUAUGAACGUUCACCUACCCUUUUCUCUUCAGAUAUUCAACGGGUAUGGAGAAAGCUUCAAGGUAUUGGUACUGAAAUUGUUUCUCUUGCAAAGAGCCUUUCAGACAUGUCAAGGACUUCCUAUCAUGAACAGGUGGGAGGAUUGGUACACAGCACCUAUGAAGAUGGAAAAGAUGAGUUUUUUCCCCGGGAAUCUGAUUCUCACACUAAACCGGAGCAAACAGAAGAUUGUGGAGUGUACAAAGUUUGCACGUGCAAGCAUUGCGGAGGCAAGGCAGAUGGAAGGGAUUGUUUAGUAUGCGAUUCAUGUGAGGAGAUGUACCACGUCUCCUGCAUUGAGCCUGCUGUGAAAGAGAUUCCCCCAAAAAGCUGGUACUGUGCCAGUUGCACUGCGAGUGGAAUUGGAUCGCCCCAUGAAAAUUGUGUAGUGUGUGAGAGACUGAAUGCCCCCAAGACUCUAAGUAAUGGAGGCAAUGUUGAUAUUUCUCCUCCAAAUGAAGAAACACCUAUUGAAUUGGAAGAGAACUUAAAUUUUAGUACAGAUGAAGGGCUUGAACAAUCAAGAGGCAGCAAAGACGUUUACCUAUGUAAAAUUUGUGGAAGUGAGGUAGAAGAUGGUGAAAAGUUGAAGAUCUGUAGCCACUCCUUUUGCCCAAAUAAAUACUACCAUGCGAGGUGCCUGACAACUAAACAACUAAAAUCAUACGCCGCCCUUUGGUACUGCCCUUCUUGUCUGUGCAGAGUUUGCCUCACUGAUCAAGAUGAUGAUAAGAUUGUUCUUUGUGAUGGCUGUGAUCAUGCAUACCACAUCUAUUGCAUGAAACCACCACUCUCGUCGAUUCCAAGAGGCAAAUGGUUUUGCAGAAAAUGUAAUGCAGGGAUCCAGGCAAUUCGCAGGGCAAAAAGAGCAUAUGAGACUUCAGCAAAUAAACAGAAAAAGAAAGGCGGAGGUAGUUUAAAGGCAUUUGAAAAUCUUGAAAAGAAAUGGAAUGAUAAAGGCGAAGAGGGAUCCGAAAAAGGUGGAGGAAUGGACAUGCUUUUAACUGCAGCCAAGACAUUAAACUAUGAAGAGAAUUUGGCUGCUAUUCAGCUGGGGUUAUAAAAUGUGUGAGAGUUUCUGGCAACAACAUUUGAAACUAAUGGUUCUUUUUUUUUUUCAAGUACUGAUUUUGAUUUUGUACCUCUAUCUCCCUAUGCCAAGAAUUUUAUUUUUCUGCACUGUUGAAAUGACUGAUGUUUUGGUAGGUUGUAAACUGUUAACACUUGCUGACUUUUGGAUACAAAUGAAUCUGAAGGCUGUUUGUCGCUGGUCAGCAGCGCCAGAACUAUGAUAUGCAGUCUUGACCCUGCUAAAGUGAGCAGGAACUAAAGCGCCAGUUGGGAAGAGGUUAUUGUUUUGAGAGCCUCCAUUGAAUUUGCUGCUCUGUACUCUGUCCAUAUUAUUGAGGUGAUAUCGGAAGCUAAUAUUUCUCAUUUUUGUUGUAAAAUGAUUUGUCCAAACAACAGUUCAUGAUUAUUGAAGUAAAGGAUAUUGUUCUUUCGGUAUA